UGACAGGGUUGAGCGAAAUAGUUUUUCUGCAAGUUGAGCAUAAUUGUUUGGCUUUUUUUCUCAUUUUAGCAACAGCAGCACGUGCGUCCACAAAAUCCACAUAAGAGUACAUAUUGUAACUCCAAGAACAUUUGCAAGGCUGAAUUGCGAAAAAUCCGUCAGGCAUAAAAUACAAGUACAUUAUAGUAAUUUUAGUGUAUGUACUUGUAAGCGCGGGAAAAGUGCAAGUGCAAGUGCGGUUAUAUCAAGGUGGUUGUAGGACACGGAGCUACAGCAGAAACAGCUAGUUGAUACAAUAGUAGUAGUUGUUGUAGGCAAUAGUAGUAGGAAUAGGUGUUGAGAAACCAAAAACAAUAUGUUCUACUUGAUCGGAUUGGGGCUUGGCGACCCGACUGACAUUACUGUGAAAGGCCUUGAGAUUGUAAAGGCGUGCGCGCGUGUAUACCUGGAAAUAUAUACUUCUAUACUGGGUUGCCCCCAGGAAGAGCUAGAAACCUUCUAUGGACGUCCACUGCUGUUGGCAGAUCGUGAUCUAGUCGAACAAGGUGCAGAUCAAAUAUUAAGAGGAGCUGCCGAGGAAGACAUUGCAUUGUUAGUAGUUGGGGAUCCGUUUGGUGCCACAACUCAUACUGAUUUAAUACUUCGCGCCAAAGAGAAAAGAAUUCCGUGCAAGGUCGUACAUAAUGCGUCUAUUCUGAAUGCUAUUGGGUGUUGCGGUCUACAGCUUUAUAAGUUUGGAGAGACUGUAUCGAUACCAUAUUGGGAUGAGACAUGGAAGCCAGAUAGUUUUUAUGACAAAAUCAAAUUAAAUAGGCUGCACAAUAUGCAUACUCUGUGCUUACUGGACAUAAAAGUUAAAGAACCUACUCCGGAGAGCCUCAUGCGUCGGCGGAAAGAAUAUCAACCGCCACGUUUUAUGACUGUUGCUGAAGCUGCGCAACAAUUGAUGGCUAUUGUUGAAAAGAAAGAUGCGCUGGAACGCAACACUAUUCUUAAUGAAUUUUCACUGUGCGUGGGACUAGCACGGGUGGGACAAGAUAGUCAACGUAUAAUUGUGGGCACAUUACGUGAAUUAAGCCAAACUGAUCUCGGUGACCCUUUGCAUUCUUUAGUGAUACCGGCUAAAGAAAUGCAUCCACUUGAAGUGGAAUUUCUACAACAAUAUGCCACAUUAAAAUUGGAGGAUUACAAUCACUGAAAACAGCUUUAAGGUAGAUUGACAUCGCAUAUUGGUUCACUCAAAGUGACUCCACUGUGAUUUGACAAUUUCUUCGCAGCAAUUCAUACGCAACAACAAUCAAAAGCGGAUCCUCCUAAAUGUAAUUAAUUAUAAGAAAAACAAACAUUUGAAUGCUGUUAAAUGGUAAUCCACUUAGUUGUUUUUAUAAUUAUGUAUGUCGUACUAUAUGGUGAACAAUGUUGUGCAUUUGUUUAAUUAAUUGAUGUAAGCCUAAACUCGUUAUAAGCACAGUUCAACAUUUGGAGAAAGUUUGCUAACUUCUCUGUGUAUUGUAAUUCAUCAAAGGGGAAUAUAAUUAUUUUUCCUAUAAAAUUCUUUAAAUACAUUUUCCCACGUAGAUCAUUUA